AUGGUCGACGUGCUGCAGCGCGACAUCACCGACCUCGCCGCCUUCCACCAGGCGCUGGUGGAGAUGAGGACGGGUCCGCCGCCGCUGGUGGCGGCCUUCAAGGGCAUCUUUGCCCAGGAACCGGCGUUCGAGCCGCGCUUCUUCUCCGCCAUCCUCCCCACCAUCCAGCGACUCGCCCUCAGGCUGCCCGAGGUGUUCCCCGCGGAGCACAGGCUGCCGCUGCUGGUGCCAAACCAGGACGGCGAAGUCACACUCACCCAGGAACAAUGCGCGGUGGUGUUGGCUUCGGGCUUCAUGGGCACGUUGUGGGUGCACCCGUCGGUGCGGUCGCGGUUCAGGUUCCCGGGCUUCAAGAUCCAGGACCUCUUCACCCACAAGCAGGGACCCUCCGUCGCCAUCCUCCGCAUGGUCCUCCACUACUUUGAGCGCCUCAACAUCCAAAUGCCGCAGGGCAAGGUGACGUUCCGUCGACAGGUGCUGACGGCUCCACCCGACUGGGCCAACAGCACCAAGCCCCUCGUGCCCGCCCGGGUCAGCAACCAGGGCAAGAUCGAGGAUUCUGACACGACGUUCCACGCCGACUUCGCGAACCAGUACAUCGGCGGCGGUGUCCUCCACGGCGGCUGCGUCCAAGAGGAGAUCCUGUUUGCCAUCAAGCCCGAAUGCCUCGUUUCCAUGCUGUUCUGCGCCAAGAUGGGCAACAAUGAGGCGAUCUUCAUCACGGGCGCGGAGCGCUUCAGCGACUACCGGGGCUACGGCCACGGUCUGGCCUUCGGCGGCAACUACGUCGACCGCACGCCGCGGGACGACCAGGGCCGCAUCGUGACCACCAUCGUCGCCAUCGACGCCGUCGUCGCCUUCGGCGGCGUCCAGUGGCAGGAGGGGGCAAUCGUGCGGGACCUCAACAAGGUCUACUGCGGGUGCUGGGAGCCCCAGCGCCAGCCCGGCCAGGUCCUCCCCGCCUUUGCCACCGGCAACUGGGGCUGCGGUGCGUUCGGCGGGGACAAGUCGUUGAAGGUGCUGCAGCAGAUGAUGGCCGCGGCCGAGGCGGAUCGCGAGGUGCUCUACCACACGUUCGGCGAGAAGUACGGCGACAGGUCCCUCAAGGAGUGGAUCACCCUCGUCAACGAACUCAUCCUCAAGCACCACCCCACCGUCGGCGAGGUGUACAACCUGGUGAGGCGGUGCGCUCCGGGGCCUGGCGAGCAUCGGAACGUCAACCUGUUCGCGCAGCUCCUCCACCACUACGCGGCCAAGGAAGAUGAACAGCAACAAGAAGAGGUCCAGAAAAGCGCAGAUUGA